AUGGAACAUGAGAAAAAAAUACUUUUCACUCACUGGAAUUCAUCUAAGAUUGAAAUACUAUCGAAUGCAGUUCAAUCAUUAGAUUCGAAGUUUCUCAAUUGUGGCUUAAUUGCAGUGACUACGGGACUUCCCCACCACAGUAAGGCACCACGCGUGAUCCUUGUCCAAAAACAAUUCGCCGUAGGUACCGCCACGGACUUAAUGCAUCUGCCCAAAAACUACAAAAUGGGUAACGUCGUGUUUGGUGAUUACGAACGUGACGAGGUAGAAUGUGGAUUGACCCGUAAGGAGAUUAGGGACGGCCAGAAGUGUCCUCGGGCAUACCUUGAAGUGCCACCCCUGGAUAUCACACCGCAUCCUGAGUUUUCCAGAUUCGGUGUGGGAAACAGCCUAGCUUUGAUUAAACUACUACGACCCGUUAAAUCAAAUUACAUGGUGCCAAUCUGCCUUCCAAGUAUAUCAGAGCGCACCAGAAAGAAAGUUAACAAGUACGUGUAUCUAGUAGACUACAUAAGCUCCGUACCAAGAGACUUCGACUUUGAAAGAAUGGGGAAGAAAACUGUGAAAUUGUACACCCAUAGAGAGUGUAAACGACACCGAAUGAAAUCGAAAUUGAGCAGUGAGGGGGUUACACAUGUGCUAUGUAGCUCAGGUUGCGGUGUACGUCCAGGCGCCCCUAUCAUCACUCACACCAUGGAAGGGCGCUUCGAGCUGAUGGGCCUAGCGGCGGGAGGGGCCCCCUGCUCCCAUCGCUCGAUGCGGCGCCGCCUUAACGACGAACCACCUCUGUACAUAGACGUGUUUCCUUACGCUUCAUGGAUUAUCAACGUCAUCAGUGCUCAUAAAAUCCCUAAAGCGUAUCCCGAGACUUUUCAACUGACUGAUGGAGGAUCUCGUAUAGGUAUUAAAAAGGGUUUAAGAUCAAGAAGUUAUUCACAAAUGUCUGAUUGGAAGGGUCGAACUUUUGCUACGGGGAAUUUAUGCUUUGCUAGUCGGAAAGCACAAAGGAAAGCAUCUUUCUUCUAUGCAGAGAAAUUUGAAAUGAUCGCUGGAUCGGCUGCACAGGUCCAUAUAGUGCUUAAUGUGUAUACGGGUUAUGAGUGUAGAAUAAUGUGUUGUCGUUUGACACUCCCGAGCAGAGAUCUCAAUCCCUCGGUAGAAGGAGUAGGUGGGUUCAAUGUAACUAUCAUAUUUAGUUCAGAAUGGUUUCCCUAUGGUUUCACAUUUUCUAUGGGACUUAGUGGGAUGAAUGUUACUUAUAGUGACUAA